AUGGACGCCUUGCUGGACCCUCCGCGGUCGAACAUGGCCUGCAACUCAGUGGAGGAUCUUCAAAACCACCUGCACAACAUUCUCGCGUCAAAAUCCUCCGACACACGCGCCGAGCACUCCUCCCUCACAUUUGAGCUACGCCAACAUACCACCUUCCAUCUCACUGAAGAGUCUGAUAAUGGAGGCGCCGAUGGGGUCGAUUUCGCUCAAUCCCAGCAGCUGCCGGUCUUGCGAACCGUAAUGGCAUCGGAAACCGUGCAGAACCAGCCCUCCGACGACCCAGUCCUCCAGAGAGCCGUCGCAAAACAUAUAGUCAGUGCGAUGGGAGCUGUGGAUGGCAGUUUGUGGACAGUCCGACAGGUGACUAGAGGCGCCCAAGGAUGGACACUCACGUACAUUUGCGAAGACUCUCUUCAGGCCUGGAACCGCGCAAAUGCGAAGAACGCCGAAAGACCAGUGAUCGGGGGCUACAGUGGAAAUGGGGGGUUGGAUCCGAUCAAUCUCUCGCGUCCCGCCUUCGACUGUCGCGGUACUCUAACAAUCGCCUUCUCCAAGUCGAGCCGAGGGGUGGUCGUCAAAUACGAACAUACACCACUUCACAAGUCCGUCACCCAGCUGGUUGAACGUCUGUUACCUAGCCUCCCGCCUCCGCCUGUCAGCAAUGGGAACACCUUCAGCCAACGUACGCCCAAGGCAAAACGACCACCGCCAGCCGAAGGCGAGGAGGGAAGUCGCAAAAAGCGAAGAAAGAAGGCAAAAGCGCCGAUGGAUGACGGAGCGCCCGAUACUCAGAGCGCUACUCAGGACAACACUGCCACUCAAGGGACAUCCCAAGAAGGCGUCCACCUGACUUCAAUAGUCAAUGUACCUCCUGCCGAGGCUGAGCGACGGCGAUUAGUCGCGAUCGAACUCCUUACUGGGAAGGACAUUGAACCAAGUACUCUGUCGGCGGAACAGUUUAACAUCUUCGCGAAUCAGGCGCCCAACUUGCAAACUGCAUCGCUCGAGAUGCUGGCCAAGUACGGGGCAGAGAGACUUAGGAUCGUCCAUCCGGACGACAACAACGCAUCGGGCUCCUCUACUCCUGCGCAAGCCCAGUCGGCGAAUGCUACACCUGCUAACGGGACAGCAUCAGCUGCGGCAUCAUCGGAGACGCCAACUAAGAAGAGGCGUAGCAAGAAAAAGAAGUCCGAGGGAGCUCCGGCUGAAGACGUCUCUAUUGGCGACGGUGCUGUGAUACCUCUUGAGCAGACUGGUGAGCUUGGUACGACCGAGUCAACCUUGAAGCCAAGAGUCAGAAAGACACGCGGCAGCUGUGAUACUUGCAAACAACGCAAGGUAAAGUCGGAAAAUGCAGCCGAAGCGGGUGGAGAAUCCGAUGGUGCAGGCGAAGCUGAACAGACUGAAGGGUCAGGUCAGCAUCAAGCACCGGUGCCGGUUGAGACACAGCCAGAGCCAGCUGUCGUUGCACCACCAUCACCAUCGCCACCACCACCCCGGCAGUCGCAGCCGCAGCCGCAGCCCCAAACCCAGCCCGAUCCCGACAACGAAGAGUUCAUUCCAGAUCCGAAUAUCUUGUCUGGCCCUACCGAGCAUCAUCAGGCUAUUGCUGCCCAAGCUGCCCAAGCUGCCUCCAACAAUUACUACCAACCGCAGAGCACCGGUCUCACCUUUCCAGCAGUGAACCAUCCGCAGCCAUCUGCUGGAAACACGUCGGUGCUUGGCUUGACUUCCCCACAGUCAGAGUCCCAUGGUGAUGUUUCGCAGUCGUCCGCUGGAUUUCCAUUUCCUGCCACGGCACACUCUUCUCAGCAGGCACAACAAUCACAACAAUCACAAGGCUUGACGUUUCCCACCACCACUGCGCCUUCUUCAAAUCAUAACCGGCAGGCCUCUGCCCCGUCAGGCAGGCGAAGUCUGCCCAGUGGCCAGAGUAAACAAACGCCAGUGCCUCCGCUUACAAUACCGGCCCAGGCGUCUAAUUGGAAUGCGUCGCCGUCAACGGGACACGCCACUGCCAGUGCCAUCUCGCCGACUAUGAAACAGGCGCAAGCCGCUAAGCGACCGAGAUCACGCAAAUCCGGCCCAGAAGCCACCCAACAGCCAUACGAAGGGAUGAAGCAGGCUACCGCCGUGUCGCAGCUAUCGCAGGCCCCAGCCCCGGCACCAAGCCAACAAUCAGUAGUCACCAGAUCUCCGUAUCAGAGUUCCGCGCGCGUAAAGUCACGGCAAGGGCGUAGGUCUCAGACUGGUACUCCCGUGUCUAAUGCUCCUCGUCAGCCUCCGCCAGCUCCGCAGAUAACUGCCCAUCAACCAGCUACUACUACUGCUUCAUAUAACACCCCGCCCACAGCCAGUGCUAUUCCGAACUACGAUCCGUACUCUCGUUACAACAGCGGUAGGACUAACAAUCAAUAUGCUGAGACCACGACCGAUCAUGGGUCAUCACGGAUUGCGUACGAACCCGGCUCGUACCAAACAAACCCGAACCCUACUACGACGGCAACCACGACUUACUCUGCCGCCCCAUCCUACGACUAUACCCAAAGGUCAUCGACCAAUUCUCUGUCUCAGGCUCUGAACCCAUCUGCGGAGUAUGGUAGUAGCACGAGCAGUCCCACCUCGAAUCAAUGGCCGACAUCUCAGACCCGGGGUGCUCAGUCUCAAAGCACCAGCUCGUACUCCAUGCCGUCGGCUCCCGCCCCGAAUUCUCAUGCUUACGAAACGAGAUCUUCUGAUACGCGAGCGUCGAAUCAGACGUCUUCCUACAACCAACCCCAAUCUCAACCAUACGGCUCAUACUCAUCCCAACAGCCCAAUCCAGCCCAGCCAUCUCAGCAGAAUUGGUAUGGCUUCACAGCUGCAAACAACAGCAGCAGCAAUAGCAGCAGCAAUAGCAACAACCAAGCCACUUAUGGCAGCAACAGGAGCAGCGGCUAUGGUGCCCCUAGACCUAAUGUGUCUGGGUACCCUACGUACGGUGGCUCGGACGAGCAAUCCAUCUACGAUCUGCUCAGAGCCAGUGGCUCCAAUAACUAG